AUGCGUCCGCAGGUCGCGUCAGCACCUGACGGGACAAUCCCGUCUCGCGGCAGCCUUGCGCCGCUGCAGGUCACGCUUCGAUACCUCCGUGCGCACACCCGUCGGCGCUCCGACGGGAUGAUGUCGCGGACGCCCGGGGUGCCGACGCCCGCGUCCGGAGGGGAUCGUCGCGACCCGCACGGCCGCAUCGCGUCUCGAAGCUUCCCGGACGUGCGCGCGGCGGGUAAGUCCGAUGGGGCGCGCGUCGACGUCCACGGUGGAGGAUGGACGUCCACGGUGGAGGAGGAUCUGCCGACGCUCAGCGAGGACCGCCUGCGCGACGGGUCCCCGUCGCGGCUCGCGGGGAUGUCCGUCGCCGCCGAGACCCGAUGUCGCGAACAAGCGUGCGAGCUCCUCCGCGUCGUCGCGCGCAGGCUCCGGCUCCCGCUCCCGCCCACCGUCGCCGCGCUCACCAUCCUCCUCCGAUUCUACCAGCGCAACGCGCACGAUGAGUGCUCCGCGCAGUUCGUCGUCCCGACGUGCCUGUACGUCGCGAGCAAGCUCGAGGAGGUUCACCGACGCAUCAGCGACAUCGUCAACGUCACGCACAGGGUGUUGUACCCGUGGCGGGGCGACGUCGUGGAGCUCCUGAGGGUCCUUCCCCCCGUCCCGAUCGAUCACUCGGUUUCGUCGAAAUCGUCGUCGAAGCCGGAUGCGCUCGGCGGCUGGUUCUUCCCGAACCUUCACGUGCGCCUCGCGGACCAGCGUCGCGCCACGCCGUACGACCGGGCCAUGCGCGUCCGGGGCGGGCGGCAGGCGGCGAAAACCGCUCGGCUCACCGGGGGAACGGACGGGGACGGGGACGGGGACGCGGGACGGGGGGCCGGGACGAUGGGCAAAAAAAUUGGCGACGGCGAGACGAUCGGCGCUCGUCAAGCGCUCGCCGACGAUACCGAUCGCGUCGUCCGCGAUUACGACGACGACGACGCGACGUCGACCGGGACGUUGAAGUGCCUGACGGGCGAGCCGUACUACCGCGUCAAGGAGAUCGUGCUGGAGCUGGAGGCUGAGGUGCUCGCCGCGAUUGAGCACCGCCUCGACAUUCCGCAGCCGCACCGGAUCCUACUGAACCUGUGCGCCGUCGCGGGUGUCCCGCCGGGGUGCGCGCAGCUCGCGACGAGCGCGCUCACGGACGCGUGCUUCCGGACGACGAUGUUGCUGCGGGUGCGCGUGGGGGAGAUGGCGGCGGGGGCGCUGCGAUGCGCGAGCGCCGUCUAUCUACGCGGGGGCGGGGUGGACGAUGAGCGCGAUUGGGCUCGGCGGAUGCGAGGAGACGGCGGGUGGUGGCGCGAGCUCGGUUUCGACGUCGUCGCGGUGGAGAAGGCGGCGGACGAGAUGCUGGGGGUGAUGCUGACGUCAGAUUCGAAGCCGCCGCCCGUCGUCGUGGCGAGGGGGGUCCGUCGUCGUGGCGAGUGGGGAGGGAUGAUCUCUCCGGUGAUCCCGGUUGGGCGAUAG